AUGGAGCCAUUGUCCCGCCGGGGCAGCUGUCACCCUGACUUCAGCCGCGCGGCACUGGGAUCCCAGGCCCAGGGUGGCCAGGCAUCCCCCCGGGAGCCGGCCCGGGGCCGAGGCAGCCCGCGACCUCCCCGGACAAGUGCAUCUGCUGGGAGCCGCUGCCGGGGCCAGGGUGAACUGAAGUUUCCGCAUCAAACUUCAGUCAUGGAGAAAAAAGAUCCACUGGUUAUAUCUUUAUUUGCUUUUGCCUUUGGAGUAAAUGUCUGCAUGGGAUUUACAACAAAUCGAUUUAGGAGAUCUGAAGAAUGGGAUGAGGGCCCGGUCUCAGUCCUGUCAGAUUCCCCCUGGAUCAGUACCUCUGGCUCCUGCAAAAACAGAUGCUUUGAACUUCAAGAGGCAGAGCCUCCUGGCUGCCGCUGUGACAACCUGUGCAAGAGCUACAACAGCUGCUGCUUCGACUUUGAUGAGCUGUGCUUAAAGACAGCUCGGGGCUGGGAAUGUACCAAAGAUCGUUGUGGAGAAACCAGGAAUGAUGACAAUGCUUGUCACUGCUCUGAAGACUGCUUAAGUAGAGGAGAUUGUUGUACUAAUUACCAAGUCAUUUGCAAAGGAGAAACCCACUGGGUGGAUGAUGACUGUGAAGAGAUAAAGGCUCCUGAAUGUCCAGCAGGAUUUGUUCGUCCUCCUUUGAUCAUCUUCUCUGUUGAUGGUUUCCGUGCAUCAUAUAUGAAGAAAGGGAACAAGGUCAUGCCCAAUAUUGAAAAACUGAGAUCUUGUGGAACACAUUCUCCUUACAUGAGACCUGUCUACCCUACAAAAACCUUCCCCAACCUGUACACCCUUGCUACCGGACUCUAUCCUGAAUCACACGGAAUCGUUGGCAAUUCGAUGUAUGACCCAGUGUUUGAUGCCAGCUUCAGCCUUCGAGGGCGAGAGAAAUUCAAUCACAGAUGGUGGGGAGGUCAACCGAUUUGGAUUACGGCAGCUAAGCAAGGGGUGAAAGCUGGCACGUUCUUCUGGUCUGUCGUCAUCCCCCAUGAGCGCAGAAUAUUAACAAUACUGCAGUGGCUCACGCUUCCAGACAAUGAAAGGCCUUAUGUUUAUGCUUUCUACUCUGAACAACCCGAUGCUGCUGGCCACAGAUAUGGUCCUUUCAACUCAGAGAUGAUGGUGAAUCCCCUUAGAGAGAUUGACAAGACAGUAGGACAGCUAAUGGACGGAUUGAAACAGUUGAAACUACAUCGAUGUGUCAAUGUCAUUUUUGUUGGUGAUCAUGGGAUGGAAGACACUACUUGUGAAAGAACUGAAUUUUUAAGCAACUAUCUGACUAAUGUGGAAGAUAUUAUUUUGCUGCCUGGAUCUUUAGGGCGAAUUCGCCCUAGGUCUAGCAAUAACCUAAAAUAUGACCCUAAAGUGAUUGUUGCCAACCUUACAUGUAGAAAGCCAGACCAGCACUUCAAGCCUUACUUGAAACAGCACCUGCCUAAACGCUUGCACUAUGCUUACAACCGAAGAAUUGAGGAUGUCCAUUUACUGGUGGAUCGCAAAUGGCACGUGGCAAGGAAAGCUGUGGACGUUUACAAGAAACCAACGGGAAAAUGUUUCUUCCAUGGAGACCAUGGCUAUGACAACAAGAUAAACAGCAUGCAGACUGUCUUUAUAGGUUAUGGUCCUACAUUCAAAUACAAGACCAAAGUACCUCCUUUUGAAAAUAUUGAACUUUACAAUGUCAUGUGUGAUCUGCUUGGAUUAAAGCCUGCUCCCAAUAAUGGCACCCAUGGAAGUUUAAAUCACUUGCUGAGAGCCAACUUUUAUAAACCAACUGUGCCAGAUGAAGUUGCUAAACCACUCUAUCCUGUUGCUCUGCCAUCUGCAUCAGAUUUUGAUAUAGGAUGUACAUGUGAUGAUAAGAAGAACAAGUUGGAUGAACUCAACAAGCGCUUUCAUGUCAAGGGAACAGAAGAGAAGCAUCUACUAUACGGGCGCCCCGCAGUACUGUACCGCACAAAAUACAAUAUCUUGCAUCACCAUGACUUUGAAAGUGGCUACAGUGAAACAUUCCUGAUGCCUCUCUGGACAUCCUACACUAUUUCCAAACAGGCAGAGGUAUCAGGUGUCCCCGAGCACCUGGCCAACUGUGUGAGGCCCGACCUCCGCAUUUCUCCAGGAAACAGCCAGAGCUGCGCAGCCUACAGAGGCGACAAACAGCUCUCCUACGGCUUCCUUUUCCCUCCUCAAUUAAGUUCCUCUGCAGAAGCAAAAUAUGAUGCUUUUCUAAUAACAAAUAUCAUUCCAAUGUAUCCUGCUUUCAAAAAGGUAUGGAACUAUUUCCAAAGGGUUUUGGUGAAGAGAUACGCCACUGAACGAAACGGAGUCAAUGUUAUAAGUGGACCAAUCUUUGACUAUGACUAUGAUGGUUUACAUGACACACCCGACAAAAUAAAACAGUUUGUGGAAGGCAGUGCCAUCCCCGUUCCUACUCAUUACUAUGCCAUCAUAACCAGCUGCUUAGAUUUCACUCAGCCAGCUGACAAGUGUGAUGGACCACUCUCCGUUCUCUCAUACAUCCUUCCCCACCGGCCUGACAAUGACGAGAGCUGCAAUAGCUUGGAGGAUGAAUCAAAGUGGGUUGAAGAUCUUCUUAAGAUGCACACUGCACGUGUGCGUGACAUCGAACAGCUCACAAGCUUGGACUUCUUCCGAAAGACCAGUCGCAGCUACACAGAAAUCCUCUCCCUAAAGACAUACCUGCAUACGUUUGAAAGUGAAAUUUAGCUUUCUAACCUUACUCAGUGCAUCCUUUUAUCAUCUGGUGUAUAUUUUUAUAUUGUUUUUAUAUUUAUUAAUUUGAAACCAGGACAUUAAAAAUAUUAGUAUUUUAGUCCUGUAUCAAAUCUUAAAUAUUAAACCCUUGUGUCAUUUGUUUUGUUUCUCUAAUGUUUAACAUAGCUAUGUCUCUUGGUUUAUUUAGUAGCGCUUGUAAUACUGCAGCUUGAGUCCUUACUCCGAGCUUUUAAGUGGUGCUGCAGGAUUUGAUACGUGCGUCAAGGAAAUAUUAAUUUCCCAUGCUCCUUUACCACACUUGUAGUCCUGUACUGUGUAUCAAAAUACUGAACAUGUAAAAUUACAUUAAUUUACUGUUAACUAUGUGACAAACGUAUUUAAACCCUAUAGGCAAAUAGCAUCUUAAAUAUAAUAAACCACACGUUCAGGUUUUAUAAUGUGUUUUGAUUUCCUUUCACAGGGGCAUUCGGAGGGACUUGCGGGCAGCUGAGUGCUGCCAGAUCUCUCGUGUGGAUCUGAAGGCAGAGCCCCUCUCAAGAGCUUAGGUUUGCUGGUAAGGGGACUGCCAGGAGCUCAGGUGCCCUGCCCCAGUACUCAGCAGUCAGACCAUAAAACAGACAGCCACAGUAGUCAUUACUGGUUAGGUUUUGCCAUAGGGACAGAGCUGCUGGGGGAGAGGAGGUUGGUUGGUUGGCUUGAGGCCACUUGGUACUGCUCUAGAACUGUGGGGAGGAUGCAAGGUGACAUCUGCUGUCACCAGUCAGGCUACGUCGCAUUCUUUCUCCACCGCUGCUGCUCUGGGCUGGUUCCUGGGAAUACCCGUUCCAUCAUCUUUUGGUUUGGCUUUAAGGGAAGCUGAGAUAAGGCAGAUGCUGAAGGAGGUGACAUUGCUAAAUACCCAGCAGUGGACUUUUACCCGGAAGGAGAAAAUCUGAUUUUCAUCUUCUUGGCCAGAAUUUGCGGAUUUUUUCCCCUUGUCUGAGUCUGAAGCUUAAUGCCAGCCCUCAUUCUCAAAGGAAGCCCCUGGGCCUGGUUGCACGUAUAGAAAUUCUGGUACUGUGAACCCCAUACGGUGCACAUGAUUUACAACCAUCACCUACCUGCUCAAGUGGGUAUCUAGACAGUGACCUGAUUUGGCUCGGACAGCUUUUAUAGAAGGCAUAUGGUAUGGAGUAUUAGCCUUAAUGUAGUUAGAUGAUGUAAGAGAUAAAUUAUUGUUUGGAAUGCUUCUUGAGGCUGAAGCCACUAGUGGCACUAUUACGAAGCCAUCAGGUGGGGUUACAGAUUUUCUUCUCUCUGCCCAAGUGGUUUGUGUCUGUUUUCUCUUCGAGGGUUGCAAAUGCUGGAGGGAAGCGGGAAGGGCUGGAAAGCAUCUCAGCCAUGUACGCAGACGAAUAUCCGGGUCUCUUAAGUAAAAUUAUUCUGGCACAAUUUUAGCAGCUUGCAUCCCUGUAGCACCAUCUAAGAGGAAUUAGCAAACUGGAAUUAAUCAUGUUAACACUGAUAAUAAAGUUCUUGUGACUGGUAGACAAAAUUUUGUUAUUCUAGGUGCCAAAUUCUGUUGAAGUUAGAAGAGCGUAAAACUUGAAUGCUUUAAAUUCCCCCCAAAAUGUUAGGAUGGAAACUCUAAUAACUGCACAAAGCUCUGGGAAACAUCCUAUUCUUGCAACUUAAAAAUUGUCUCUUGUGGUUGUCUGGUAGCACAGAAACAUUUUUCCGUAAGCUUUUGGCAGGGCUUCCUGCCAUGAUAAACUUUAUGUUCUUACAUGUGCUACAAAAGGGUAUUUCCUCUGGAUUUAAAACAGUUUUCAGUUAAGACCUAAUUUCUCUAACACUGACUUUAGCAGUGAUGUAAUGUGGUUGUUCAUAAACUAAACCAAAGACCACCGCUACUGUGUUGCUUUAACAUUCGUCUGUUGCUUUGUUUGUUUGUUUGUUUGAAUUAAAGCUAACAAAUGAUGUAAUUAUUUUAUUUUCUCCCAAAGUAAGAUGACAUUUAUAGCAAAGGAACAUUUAAUCUCUGAAAGAUACUCAUGUUCUUGCGUUCAAAGAAGUUUGCUUUUGAAAUGCAAUUAGUGAUGAUUGUUGAGAGGGACAGUUUACCUCAGUUUCGCUAAAAAAUGAUGAUUAGUGUGUAGGGAAAUGUGAUUUUUUUGCUCAGCUGCCUACUGUGAGAAUAAAUACUUGUAAUUUACUUCUACUUACUUGUCUUCAGCCCUUGGCCCCGUGCUCUGGGAUGGUACUGCUGUUUUAUUUUACCGUGCUGGCAGAAGUGGCUGUGUUGGGGAAUGUUUGUGGCGACUUCUGUGAAUUGCACGGAGAUUUUUUUUCCUGUUGAAAGAUGCCUUAUCAACACAAAAGCUGCAGUGCAAAACUAAAGCCUUGUAAAUCCCUCUAAGCAACAUGAGCUCUGCAGGAACAACAGAUGUUUUUAAGGAAACUUAUAAUUUCCCUUUGGUAUUCAUCAGGGUGAAUGUUAGCUUAGGGCAGUGUGUAGCAAGGAACCCCUCUGCUUUCCAUUCCUGUUUGGCCAUUUAGAAAAUAUGAAG